AUGCUGAAAGAGAGAGACUCGCCAGCACGGAAGAAAGACAACCAGUCAUACCAAGAAACCUUCAGCGAGUUCAAGCACAUGGGACUAUGGGAGUAUUGCUUCAAAGAUUUUCGGUUUCCGCAGUUUCAAUUCGACGAAUUAUAUAAUGGAUGUUAUCAUGUAUUCUCUGACAAGCUCCAUCCGUUUCGAGAAUGGCUGCUUCCGUUCUGGUUGAUGUCGGUCCAAUUUUUCGUAACUGUUGCUCUGAUGUUGUCAUUUUUCGGGCAAGCGGUCAUAGCUCUAGUUCUAGUACGUUGGCCUCUCAGAUUCGUGCUGCGAUACGAGUGGAUACUAUCUUCGAUCGCUUGCAUUUGCGAUUUAAUAGCCGGAGUUUUUUUGUUCCUGGCGGUGGCAAUUUUCGGCGGCCAAUGUUGGAGACGCGACUGGCUGCUCUACCCGAACUUCAACUACCUGUCGUGGUCUUACGGGCUGGGAGUAAUUUCAUUUAUGUUCCACAUCGUCGGGGCAUUUUUCCUCUACCUUGACGCCCGAGCUGGCUACAAAUUGCGAAAGCAAUCGAGAAAUUUGGUGGUGCAAAUGCAACCUAAUCCCCAAAGCCACCACGGGUCUCACCAUGGCUCUCAUUUCGGGUCCCAGCACAGUUCCCAUCACCGCAUGGGAGGAUUUGUAUAA